AUGAUGCCUUCCUCUCACCCUCCUCCAACCUUUUCCUCACCAAUUCGAUCUCCUCUUCUUUAUAACACAUACCAGAGCUGAUCCCUUAUCAGAUUCACUUCCCUCAAUCGAGGACUAUAUAUAUGUGUGCGUAGAGAGAUUGUUUAUGUGAGAGAGAUGGGGAGGUCGCCGUGCUGCGAGAAAGCGCACACGAACAAGGGAGCAUGGACGAAGGAGGAAGACGAUCGGCUAGUGGCCUACAUCCGCGCCCAUGGCGAGGGGUGUUGGCGGUCGUUGCCCGAGGCCGCCGGCCUUCUCCGCUGCGGCAAGAGCUGCCGGCUCCGCUGGAUCAACUACCUCCGGCCCGACCUCAAGCGCGGCAACUUCAGUGGCGAAGAGGACGGGCUGAUCAUCAAGCUCCACAGCCUCCUCGGCAACAAGUGGUCUCUUAUAGCUGCGAGAUUGCCGGGAAGAACAGACAACGAGAUCAAGAACUACUGGAACACUCAUAUCAAAAGAAAGCUACUGAACAGGGGAGUCGAUCCGGUGACUCACCGGCCCUUCACCAACGCCAAUCCUUCUUCUUCUUCUUCUAACUCGGAGCUAAUCUCCUCCUUUCACGGAAAGAACAGCAGCAGCAGUGACGAGGAGCCCUCGUCGACAUGUCGGUUGGCCAAACUCCCGGAUCUCAAUCUUGAGCUCUCCAUUGGCCCUCCCUUGCCGCAGCAAUUAGAAGCUAAUCCAAUGCUGGUCAAUUCCAGUGCAGAAGAAUUCAAGCACGCGAGGAGGAUUCCUUGGCCUCAGAACUUUGAACUCAACUAGUCUGUAGUUUAGUUAAUUAAAUACUGUGCUCUUUUGCUCAAUCCUUUAAAUUAAUGCAUGAUGGUAGUGUUUCUCUCCUUCCAAUUCUUCCACACUGGUAUCCUUGUUGGUGCAGCUACUGAAAUCACAGUAUCAGUCCUUCCAUCUUGUGAUUUGAUCUAGCUCUUUUUCAAUGUUUAUACUUCUAAA